GUGCAGAAAUAUAAUUGAUUUAAUAGUAGGAGUAGUAGUUGAGAGAGGGUGGAUGGAGGGAGGGGAAGGAGUAUUUGUGUGUGUGUACACAUUUUUAAAUAAUUUGGUUAUUUAUUCGGUCAAUGACUGGAACUUUUUUUCUUAUUUUUGGGGUUGUUUAUUUAUUUAUUUUUACCUUUAUUUAAUAUUUAAACUUGUUUAUUUUACUGUUUCCGACCUCUGA